AUGGCGGGAUUAAUUAUUGGAGAUCUUGGGCAGUUUGAUAAAGGCCGUGAUAUUAUAGUUGAAUACCAAACAGGAAAAUUGAAACAGAUAAGUGAUUUGCAUCCUACUUUUAUGGCUAUACAAUAUCCUAUCUUAUUUCAAUAUGGCAAAGAUGGAUAUAAAAUUAACAUUCUUUAUCAAUUUGAUACAGGUACAGGAAAAAUGAAACGAGAAUUUGUCACCAGGAGAGAAUAUUAUUGUUAUAUGCUGCAACAAAGGAGCACUGAAAGUCAAUUAUUCAUUAGAGGAGGGAUAUUAUUGCAACAAUAUAUUGUUGAUGCAUUCACCUCUAUAGAAGAUGAAAGGUUGCUUUAUAUUCGAUUUAAGUAUCAACAAGAGCAUUAUAUAUCUGAAAUCUACAAAGGUGUACAAAAUGCAUUUCUUCAUGGAGAUAUUAGUGCAAAUACAAUUGGAAAACGUAUUAUUCUAUCAGGAAGCCCUUGCUAUAUGAUUCAACAUUAUCAUGAUGCAAUGGCAAUUUGUCAUUCUCUUGGAAAUCAUGAUCUUUUCAUCACUUUUACAUGUAAUAAACAGUGGAAAGAGAUAUGUGAUGCAUUGAAUCUCAUCCUAGGACAACGAGCAGAAGACAGACCCGAUAUUGUCUCCCGAGUUUUCCACAUGAAACUAAUUGAGUUCAUGAAAGAUAUAAAACAAGAAAACUACUUUGACAGAGCUAUCGGUGGCAUACAUACUAUAGAGUUUCAGAAAAAAAGUUUACCUCAUGUUCAUAUAAUAGUAUGGCUCCAUCCAAAUGAUAAAUAUUCAACCACUGAUGAUAUUAAUGAGAUUAUCUGUGCAGAAAUUCUAGAUAAACAGUUAGAUCCCAUACUCUACAACAUCGUUUCAACUUUUAUGAUUCAUGGACCUUGUGGUGUUACCAAUCCUAAAGCACCCUAUAUGAGAAAUCAAUGGUGUACCAAACAUUUCCCAAAAAAGUACAGCUCAGAAAUUCUUAUUGCAGAUGAUGGUUUUGUUAUUUAUAGAAGAUGUGAUGAUAACAGAACAAUUGUUAAAGAAGGAGUGAAACUUGACAAUCGAUUUGUUGUUCCUUACAAUAAAGGACUGCUAUUAAAGUAUCAAGCACAUGUAAAUGUUGAAUGGUGUAAUCGCUCAAGAUCAAUCAAAUACUUAUUUAAGUAUAUCAAUAAGGGACCAGAUAGAGCAAGAGCAAUGUUACAUGAAAACAUUGACCAAGUUCAACCCAGUUCAUCAGCUCAAUCCAAAGUUAUUGAUGAAAUUCAAACUUUUCUUGAUUGUAGAUAUCUUACUGCAUAUGAAUCAAUUUGGACGAUUUUCGACUUUGACAUCCACUAUAAGUUUCAUGCGGUUCAAAAUCUUACAAUUCACUUACCGUUGAUGAAUAAUAUAAUCUUUCAAGGUGAUCAAAAUGUUGAUGGACUGUUGCAUCAACUUGGUAUAGAAAAGACUAUGUUAACAGAGUGGAUGUCUACAAAUUGCACAGCUGAAGAUGCAUGUCAACUAACAUAUGCUGAAUUCCCCUCUUUUUGGAGAUGGGAUGGAAAAAAUAAGUUUUGGUUUCGGAGACAACGAGGAGAGUGUAUUGGUGGAAUAUCAUAUGUUCCUUCUACUGUAGGAGAAUUGUAUUAUUUACGAUUGUUACUUGGUCAUAUGAAAGGACCAACAAACUAUAUAGACAUCAGAACAUUCAAUGGAAUUCUUUAUGACUCUUUUCAAGAAACAUGCAAUGCGAUGGUUUUAAUCGAUAAUGAUCAUGAAUGGCAUGACGCAAUGGACGAGGCUGCAACUUAG